AUGACUGUCUCAACCCCGUACCCCGCGUCCAAAGAAGCAGACGUCGGGUUUGGGGCUCAUCAGACUGUUGUGGAAUUCCCAGCUGGAUCAUUGCCUGAGAAUGACAGGGAGGCUCUUCUCUCCUCCUUCACCGCCGAGGAGGACCGCAGGGUCAUGCGGAAAGUGGACAGGCGGUUCCUCCUCCUGAUCGGACUGAUGUACAUGCUAAAGAAUGUUGAUUACACCAACGCUGCAACUGUCAAAGUCCUCCAAGUCGGUGAAUCACGGAAUAUUCUAAAGGAACUCCACAUGACAGCGGACGAAUAUAACUGGGUCCAGUCCAUCUAUUUUAUCAGUUACAUCGUUUUCGAGGUCCCCAGCAACCUGCUGUUGAAGAAAAUGACGCCUCGAAAGUGGCAGUCUCGAAUCAUUGCAACCUGGGGAAUUGUUCUGGCAUGUCACGCCGCAGUGCAAAACAAGCAGGGCCUCUAUGCAGCUCGCUUCUUUUUAGGUUCGAUGGAGGCAGGUCUUUUCCCAGGCCUGGCAGCCCAACUUUGCAGCUGGUACCGCAGCGACGAAAUGGGCAAACCCAUCAUGUGGAUGUUUGGGUUUCAGAACUGCGCGGGCAUUGUGGGCUCGCUGGUCGCUUACGGCAUUUCUUAUAUGAAUGGUCUUAGCGGCUUGAGUGCGUGGAGAUGGGUCUAUCUUCUGGAAGGAUUAUUCACCAUUCUCUUCGCCGGGGUCGUGUUCUUUGUUCUUCCGGACUACCCCAAGUCCAAGCGGUCGGCGAAAUGGCUCACACCACGAGAGCAAGAAUACCUCGAGGCCCGACUGACGGACAACGCUCCUCGCACCCACGACGCGGCAUUCGACAAGGCGGAAGUGUGGGCGUCGCUGAAAAACCCGCGCACCUACGCCUUUUGCCUGUCCCAGAUCCUUAUGAAUCUCGGCGGAUACGGCCUGCAGUGGCAAUUGCCAACGGUCACCACGAGUCUAGGCUUUGCCGGUCUGCCCAGGAACCAACUGCUCAACAUCCCCCCGGCCGCUGCGACGGUGCUGUCGAUCAUCUUUGCCGGGUGGUUCCUGAGCAAAGCAUACAUGACGAGGCCGCAACUCAUCAUGAUCAUCUGUGCAGGGGCACUGGCCUUUUUCCUCGUCCUGUGCUUCAAUGUAAGCCGGUAUGCGACGUACAUCGCAUGUAUAUUCGGGACCACGUUCUAUUCCGUCUACUUUAUUCCCUUCUGGGCAUGGCGAUCCGCAAGCCUGGUCGGCACGACAGGCACGGCUUUCACAUUGGCGUUCCAAUCCUGCAUCGGCCAGGUCGGCGGGGUCGUGGGGCCGCAGCUGUUUCAAUCCCGCUUCGCGCACAAUGGGUACAAGGCCUCCUUCGGCGUCUGCGCGGGGGCCAUCGGCGCAAGCUGGAUCGCCAACGUGUGGACCUGGUACCUGACGCACGAGAACGAAGAGGACAUCAAGCGCGUGCGCCGCUUGAGGAUCAAGGCCAACAAGGACGGCGGCGUCUGGGCGGGCGAGGACGUCGAAUACCAUAUCAAGGCGUAA